AUGGAGAAUCAUUUUAUUCAGGCAAACGAACAAAACAAUGAAUUUGAAAAGUAUUGCAGGUUUAUUAGAGAUAACAUUAUUGGAGAGCUUUCUCCAAUAAAAACUCCAUUUGGUGUUAGAAAUAUAGUAUAUUCUGAUUGGACUGCAUCAGGGAGAAGUCUGAAGUUUAUAGAAGAUUCAUUAAAAAAAGAUGUAGCUCCAUAUUAUGGCAAUACUCAUAGCAUUGCAUCGAAUAAUGCAAGGCAAAGUACUUGGUUUAUUCAUGAAGCAAGAGAAUCUGUGAGACAGUUUGUUGGGGGAAAUCCAGAUGAUGCUAUUAUAUUUGCAGGAAAUGGUUCAACAGGUGCGGUAGCUAAGUUUCUAAAAAUGGUUGAUGCAUCUUACUGGAUUAGUAUUAUAAAAAAGUUUAGAUCUGGUUAUAUGAAUCAGAAUUCGUUUAAAGAUAUAUCUGUUAAUGUUAUUCAGGAUAGAUGGAAAUCAUUUAAAUGUGUCAGUUGUGGUACUCAAUACGAUACUGAGGCUGCAUUUAGAAGGCAUUACAAUAAGAUUCACAGAGAAAAAGAUUACAGUGGUAGUGAAAAAACCAAAUCUGAUUUUACAGAAGAUGAAGAAAAUAUUGAGGAUUAUAGAAUCAUUUUCAUGGUUGAUCCUUCAUCGCAUCAUUCCUUAUUCUUACCUUUUAUUGAAUAUACUAAAAGAUAUACUGAAGGAGUUAAAGCUUCUCAUUCUGGUUUAAAGUACAGACUGUUUUUUAGCUUAGUAUAUUUAAAGUUAAACAAAAGAGGAGAGAUUGAUAUUCCAAAUUUAGAAGACAGAUUAAUUCAGCUAAAAAAUGAGAAAGUUUUAAAUAUUCCAUUAUUGUUAAUUUCUGCUGGAUCCAAUGUAUCUGGAAGGCUUAAUGAUUAUUCAAAAAUCUCAACAAUUUCGCACCAGUAUGGAGGAAUUACUAUGGUAGACUUUGCUGCAACUUCUCCUCAUGUUAGACCAAAUAUGUCUCCUCCUUUAAAUCCUCAAGGAUAUCUAGAUGUUGGUGUAUUUUCUUCUCACAAACUUUUGGGAGGUCCAUCCACCCCAGGGGUCUUAAUUAUUAAGAGGGAUUUACUAUUAACUGAAAAACCAUCUGAUCCCGGAGGGAAUAGUGUCUUUUUUGUGUCUAUGGAUGACCAUGAAUAUAUAUUAAAUAAGGAAGAAAGGGAGGAAUCUGGGACUUUGGAUAUUCUUGGCAUUUCACGUCUAGGAAUGGUCAUGAAACUGGACAUGAAAAUCCCACAAUACCUUAAACAAUCUAAAGAAAAACUAUUAUUUGAAAAGGUUAUUUCAGAAUGGAAUAAGUUCAAUUCAAUAAAUGAAUCAAAAAUUGAGAUUUUGGGAUUUGAUGAAUUAAUAAUUGAAAAUCAGGAGCUUAACAAAGAACAUUAUUUAUUAACUCUUCCAAUUAUUUCAUUUUUAAUUAAACCAUUUAAUUUUGAAAAUGACAGAGUGAAAUUGGGCUUUCUAUCUCAAAAUAAUCCAAAAAUUAUCAAUACUUUAGACAAUGAAGGAAAAGACCAUUACCUUCACUAUAACUUUGUCUGCUCAUUACUGAAUGACUUAUUUGGUAUACAGUCCAGAGGAGGAUGUUCCUGUGCAGGUCCAUAUUCUCAAAGGCUAUUGGGAUAUGAUCAAGAAAAAACUAAACAAUUAUAUACAGAUUUAGUAAUCAGAGGUAUAGAAUCGGUAAGACCAGGAUUUUCUAGAAUUUCAUUGCAUUGGUCUGACAGUAUAGAGAUUGUGGAUUACAUCAUAAAAUCAGUUAUUUGGAUUGCAAACCAUGGAUGGAAAUUUCUUCCUUUAUAUAUUUUUGAAGAAUCGCUUGGGACCUGGAGACAUAGAUCAGAGUGGAAAUCUCUAGACAAAAUACAUAGGAGGUGGCUAGGAGACUCUGUUGGGAAAUUCUGUUUCGAUAAGUUUAAAGACUUAGAUUCUCAAAAUUCAGUCGAUUUUGAACCUUAUUUGCCCUCCAUGAAAGAAUAUAAUUUUGAAAGAAAUUUUGAAAUGGCUAAUGAAAUUCUUAGAAAUUUAGAAGAGAUUAUUCUAAAUUCUAAGAACUACGCAAACUCAGCUUAUGAAAAAGAUUCCAAACUUGAUCCUAUCCUUAAAGAAAUCAUUUACCAAAAUAACCAACAUUUUAGUAAUUCUAUCAAUUCCAGUGAUUUGUCAAAUAUUAAUGAUUUUGAACUUCUUUCAGAAUCGAAUCUAAGAUGGUUCAUCACUCCAAAAUAUAUCCAAAAUAUUAUUCACAUAUUAAAUAAUACUAAUAAUCAUAUUGCCAAUGAUAAUAAUAAUUUUUCUAUGCCGGCAUUGUCCACAUCAAAUUACAUGCAUGCAAAUUCUGACUCUAUUAAAUGUGCCGCCGUAGAUGAAAAGUUAAAUAUUACAAGACAAGAGAAAAAUAAAGAAGAAAAAGUAGAGCCUAAGAUGCAAAACUGUAAUAAAAGUAAGAUUUUGAAGAACAUUGGACUAUUUCCAAAUCCAACUGAAUUUGGAGUAAUAAGAAAGCAGGUUGGGCGAGCGAUAAAGAAAUUUGAUAUGAUACAAGAAGGAGAUAAAAUUUUAAUAGCAGUAUCAGGAGGAAAAGAUUCUUUGACAAUGCUUCACGUUUUGUUAUUCUUACAGAAAGUUGCUCCAGUGAGAUUUGAGAUUUCUGUAGCAACUGUAGAUCCUCAGACAAGUGAGAUGGAUGCCUCAAAAUUAAUACCUUAUAUGGAAUCUAUAGGAGUAAAAUACCACUUUAUAUCGUACCCAAUUGUAGAUAUUGCCGCCAAUGUUAAGCAGAAACAGAAGAAACUCUCCUACUGUGCUUUCUGUUCCAGAAUGAAGAGAGGACUUUUAUAUUCUUGUAUGAAGGAAAAUGGAUACAACGUACUUUCUCUAGGACAGCAUGUGGAUGAUAUUUGUGAGAGUUUUUUGCUUUCCAUAAUGAAUAAUGGAAAACUAAAUACAAUGAAGGCAAAUUAUUUUGUUCCUGAGUAUAAUAUCCGAGUAAUUAGGCCAAUGAUUUAUUGUAGAGAAAAGGAUCUCGCAAACUUUGCUAUGAAAACUCAACUUCCAAUAAUUACUGAAAACUGCCCAGCAUGUUUCUCUCAGCCUAAAGAAAGAAGACAUGUAAAACAGCUACUCAGCCAAGAAGAAUCCCACAACCCUACAAUCUAUUCUUCAAUUAUGAAUGCUUUAUAUCCUUUGAUUUCAAUUAAUCAUACCAAUUCUUCUGUAAAAGAGGAAGACUUUAUAGUUAACAAUGAUGAUUUUAAAGUCAUUUCAAAGCUUGAUGAAGAUAUUUCUGGUGAAUUAUUACUUACAUCUUGUUCUAGGUAG